AUGCCUGAGUCUAUCCCUCGCAAGCUUUUCCGCGGUACUCGAGCUAUUCUCAAGUACCGUAAGGAGCGUGGUAUCCUUGUGAACAACAUCCGCUCCUACAUCACCACUUUGCGCUCGAUGCCCGAGGGCAACUACCUUAUUGAGAUCGCUCUCAACGUCCAGUCCCUGAAGAUUCAGUGCGACAAGGUGAAGUGGGCUUCCGAGGCUGUUGCCGUUGAUGCCGCCGACAUGACCUAUGUUGCCUCCAAGGGCAUUGCCUACUUCACCCACACUAUCCCCCAGAUCUGCGACGAGGUCGGCCGUGACACCCGUCAGUUGGCCGAUAUCCUCCAUGACCACAUCCACCAGACUAUUGUCGACACCGAGAUCCACGUCGCACUUUGCCUGGAGCAUGCACUAGCUAACCUGGGAUACAUCUAG